GUGGGGUUACGAGAUUUCUAACAUUACUGCUCGAAACGGCUGUCUGUGUUUGAGCGGCAGAAAAUUUUAAACGAAAUUAAUCAAAAGAAAAAAAAAAAAAAAUGCCAGAGCCGGCAAAAUCCGCGCCCGCACCAAAGAAAGGAUCCAAAAAGGCAGUGACGAAAACGCAGAAGAAAGGUGACAAAAAACGGCGCAAGACGAGGAAAGAGAGUUACGCGAUCUAUGUGUACAAAGUGCUGAAGCAGGUCCACCCCGACACGGGCAUCUCCUCCAAAGCGAUGGGCAUCAUGAAUUCGUUUGUCAAUGACAUUUUCGAGCGCAUCGCCGGCGAGGCGUCCCGCCUGGCGCACUACAACAAGCGCUCAACCAUCACGAGCAGGGAGAUCCAGACCGCCGUGCGCCUCCUGCUGCCGGGCGAACUGGCCAAGCACGCUGUGUCCGAGGGCACCAAGGCCGUCACCAAGUACACCAGCUCCAAGUGAAGCGUCCGAGCGUCUCCAUUGAUCUGAAGACGGAGGCGGCGGUCAUCGGAAGCGUUCCGCCAAUGUACUGUACUGUUGUCCGAGCGGGGGCCGCGGCCGCCCACCACGGGCGACCCGGCAUUUCGCGAAGACCUCUUUCCCGCUCCCUGAAACUACUCAAAAUGGACGCUCUCGGAAUCGACGUUCUGCCUGUUGACUUGCGUGUACAUUGACAAUCGUCGAGUUUCUCAACUGACGAGCGCUUUCCGCUCCCAUUUGCUGCAUGAAGGUGUACCAUUAACGUUAUUGCCCCGCUCCUCAGAGAGAGAGAGAGGGAUGGAGGGAGGGUAGGUUCGUGUCUCGUGCCUCGUGCUUUCUUUCCUUCCACUGCUUUGUGCGUAAAUACGUGUCUGGUUUUAAGGAGGAGGAAAAAGGACGUUUUUAAUCUUCCUAUUGAUAAGAUGUUGCAAAUAAAACAAUAAAAGCCUAAUUUUCAAA